AUGGCCAACCAGGGAGAAAUUGAAUGUUUAAAGAUUGCUGCAGUAUUUUAUCGCAGUCCUCCCCCCUGCAUUGUGGAUGAAAACUUUUUUCGUCACCUAUUUUUAGUUCCAGCUGGGAUAAUUCUUACAGUAUUGGCAUUCUUACGACGAAGAAGGAGUUUUAAAAAAGAUAUUUGUGGAGGACGACCUGGCCUUGUUAUACCCGUUGAUUUCCUUGGUUUUGAUCAUGACCGCUUGGCCAUCAUGUUUGUGUUUGGAGCUACAGCUGGAACAAUUUUAGAUCUCCUUUUACACUUGAAUAUUAAUACGGCUGUUUCAAACUCUUGGACGACUGCGUUCCUCACCAUCGGACUUGCUCUUGAACCAGCUUUCUUGUACUACCCAUACUUUGCAUGUUUGGCUUCCUACCACAGAAUCAUUGGUGCGAUGAUGGGAUUUCCCUAUGCAGUAAUAUUGUGA